AGGAGUUAGAUUGUUGAUGGGCCUGUCCCGCCUAUACUACUGCUUGUUGACCAUGCUCACCGUUACUGGUUUCAACGCGGCUGUCUUCUGUGUGGUUCUGAAAGUGUUGGACAGCCACCAAGUCAGUGGCUCAGCUACUCACGACAUCGCGUGUAGCGACAGGCAUGCACGCCUUUGUGCCACGCAUCUCGACCGAGGCCACUGUGAGCAAGACAGGUGGAACAGUUAUUUGAAGAACAUCUGCAAAAAGACUUGCAACUUUUGUGGCAAUGAGGACUGUGUCGACGUUAACAGAGCCCUGUGCGAGGAGAAACAGGAACGUGGCGAGUGUGACCCCUCGCCCUACACCCUCACCAUGUGCAAGAAAACAUGCGGACUCUGUACUGACAAGAAGGGACGGAAAGGUGCGCCUAACAAACCCUCCUGUAAGGACACGAUCUCGAACUGCAAGAAGAUCGCUCAGAUGGGAUUCUGUGACAAGCUGGGCACAAUGAAACAUCAAUGCAAACAAUCUUGCAACAUGUGUGAUGCCAGGGACUGAGUGAACAUUGCCCACGUGAGCUACUUCAUCAACAGCCCUUGUAUAGGCGUCGGAAAUAAAGACCUGUUGAUUCAGA